UACACGAUGCUUAUCUUCCUGUUGGAUUGCUAACUGGAUUAGAACCUUGCAACUUGCAACUGUAUUACAAAGUGAUGCGAAUUCCGAACCGUUUGCAGCACGGUUAUUAGCAUGAAGAGAGUAUAGAUGGACACAGGCAUGCGCAAAUAUACACGGAUUCAUUGUAGUAUGUACUUUUUUAUGCCCUCUUUAUGCUAGUAACUGUCUGCAAGCGGACCAGACAGCAUCGCAGCCAAUAUAGUUACAAGAUUGUAAUCCACUUAGCAAUCCAGCAGGAAAACAAGCAUCGUGUGCCACUGGCUUUAUAUAGGUUUUACAAUAGAAGUCGUAGAGUAAACUUGUAGAAAAUUGACCAAUCAUAAUUAUUUUUCUCAUAUUCAACUGAGAUUUUAAGUUUAUUGAUUGGCUAUAGGAUAGAAAGAUCCGACAACUUCUCUUUCUUGCAGCCAAUCAAUAGGUGAAAUAACUGCCACUGGUGCAGACCAACACAGACUUGAAAUGGCAAUUAGUGCAGACUGUUACUAGUUCGCUAUCGUGUUUUUUAUAAAUAAACGAAACGUAAAUAAACGGAAAAACGAUAAUUAUAUAAAGUUUGACAAAAUAAAAUGCCGUACGCUAAUCAACCAUCGGUCCAUAUUUCGGACUUAACUGAAGAAAAUGUGAAAUUUCAAGUAGAAGAUACCGAAUUGAGCGUUGCGAAUAGCAUGAGGCGUGUCUUUAUCGCCGAAACUCCGACUAUGGCUAUUGAUUGGAUACAACUGGAAGCCAAUUCUACUGUUUUGAGUGACGAAUUCUUGGCACAUAGGAUUGGGAUGAUACCAUUGAUCAGUGAUGAUGUAGUCGAUAGAAUACAGUAUACAAGAGACUGCCAGUGCAUGGAUUUCUGUCCAGAAUGUAGUGUGGAAUUCACUCUAGAUGUUAAAUGUACUGAAGAACAAACUAGGCAUGUAACUACUGCAGAUUUCAAGUCAAGUGAUCCUAGAGUGCUACCUGUCACAUCCAGACACAGAGAAGACGAUGCAAGCGAAUAUGGAGAAACAGAUGAAAUUUUGAUAGUAAAAUUAAGAAAAGGACAGGAAUUAAAACUUAGGGCAUAUGCAAAGAAAGGUUUUGGAAAGGAACAUGCAAAGUGGAAUCCGACCGCUGGUGUAAGCUUCGAGUAUGAUCCUGAUAAUACUAUGAGACAUACUUUAUUUCCUAAAGCGGACGAAUGGCCCAAAUCAGAAUAUAGUGAAUUAGAAGAGGAUCAAUAUGAAGCCUCAUUUAAUUGGGAAGCUAAACCGAACAAAUAUUACUUCAAUGUGGAGAGCAGCGGAGCCUUGAAACCCGAAAACAUCGUCAUGAUGGGGAUUGCAGCGUUAAAAAAUAAAUUAUCGAAUCUGCAGACACAAUUAAGUCAUGAAGUGCAAAGCGAUGCGUUGAGCAUCCAUCAUUAGAAAUAGAUUUCAUCUUGAUGUUUACUUAUAAAAUUAUAUAUCUUAUGUCAUAUUUUGUAAAAUAAAAUAAGAAC